AUGAGGUCUUUUCCGCACGUCCGGUCACCUUGGCGCAUACGUCACAACGGUCAUGCAGUUGAACCCAGGGUUCAACUUCAACCGUAUAUCCGAUGGACGAGAGACAAUAGACAGGGGGGUCAAGGGCAUGAGGAUACAGGAACAGACCAAUUAAGCAUCACAUCCUUCCCCGAAGGGUAUAUCCGUGGAGGGUCCGUAGCCACGUGCUGGUUUGAACUGGAACAAUCGUUUCGGCCGGAUCCUUCAAAGGAAGAUGAUCAUACGGUAUGCCUGUCCGGAGAUGGCCGUUACCAAUCUGCUAUCCGUGCACGUUCAUUCCUAAACGUCCGACUCGGCAAGACAUGGGCUCUAACCGCUCUGGAUUCGAAUCCCUGCCCUAGAUUGUAUGAUCACUUUCGUGUGUCUCACGGGAUGGCUGGCUGGCUGGAUGGCUGCUGGUGGUGGUGGACUGACGCGACACCCCUCCUCCCUCAAGUGCGACAACUGCCGGGAGUAUUGUUUAAUUAUUGUUAUUAUUAUUACAGAACAUUCGGAACCGAACUGAAAUGGUCUUCCAACCCAAACCGACGAACUGCCAAUUCCGGGAGGAAUGUUCGGGCGAUCGUGGUCUUCGGCCGAAGCGGUCAUUCUUCGGCCGGGCAUGGAAGCUGCCUGAUCCGCGAGUCAAGUUCGUCGUCAACCAAACCUAAGACGCAGCAGCCCAUCUUCAUUCAUCGCUAUCCACGCCUGCCGCGAAGGGGAGGAGGUGGGCGCUUCUCACGCCCGGUCCGCCCAUCCUCUCCGCUACAAAUACCCGCCCGCUGCCUGGCCUGGCCUCGCCUCGCCCUCAACCCAUCGGUAGCCUCCCCUCACCACCCUGGGGGUUGGAUGAACAACUCCCCCCUCGCCCCACGCACCUCCUUCUUGCUGGGUCUGAAGAAUCGGUGCAUCCUGCCCGAGUCUUCAACCUCUUCACACCGCUAG